AAGGAGGAACAGAACUCUAUUUAAGCUUUAAACUUUUUUGAGACGAAAAAGCUUCCUAAGUCGCUGAAACCAUGACGAACAACUCCACAGUCCCCACACAGUAAUUUCAGUCCACUGUCUUCUCUCUCACUGCAAGCUUUCUACGCAAUUUCUCUCUCUCACACAGACACACUGCAAGCUCAUUCAAAUUCCUGUCCUCACCAUACGGGGUUUUGAUUGCAUCGAUAUUCGAAAAGAUUAUUACUAGUACUUCUUAACGAGACAAACCUGAGGAGAGAGAUUUGGGUCCCACAAUCUUAACCUUUCUUGUUUUUAUUUCUCGAGAAUGCUCUGCCCUACCUACGCUCCUGAUUCCCUCCUCCUCUCUUGUCUCUCUCUCUACUUUUCUGUCUCUUAAACGGCCUUUAAUUUGAAAUUCUUCCCACCGCAGCAGACCGGGCCUGUCUGUUUGUUUUUAUACUCCAUGUCUCUCCAGAAUAUACCGCAAUAGUCAGAACAAGCCUUCUUAGAGCGCUUGUUUGUGUUUUCUCUUCAUAUGGGGUUCUAAUUGGGAGAUCUUUUCGAGAACUUUUUAUCAGUGUUCAAUACAAGUUGGAGAAUGCAGUGACUUUAUUUCUAUCUAGCGAGCAACUGGUUAUAUUAGCUAUGAUGACAACUGGAAGUGCUUAUUUUGAAGACAUGCGGAAUAAACCUGAGGUCAUUGAUCCUCCCCAAAAAGACAUGAUGGAUGUCAGUGAACAUGUGAAUGACCCUGCUCAAAAUGCUCUGAAACCUAGUGUGACUGUCUCUAGCAGUGUCCGUGAACUACUGGAGUGCCCGGUGUGCUUAAAUGCUAUGUACCCUCCUAUCCAUCAGUGUUCAAAUGGUCACACAUUGUGUUCUGGUUGCAAGCCUAGAGUGCACAACCGGUGCCCUACAUGCAGGCAUGAACUUGGCAAUAUCAGGUGUCUUGCAUUGGAGAAGGUGGCUGCAUCACUUGAACUUCCAUGUAAAUAUCAGAGUUUCGGGUGCAUAGGCAUCUACCCUUACUAUAGCAAGCUAAAACAUGAAUCCCAAUGUGUAUUCAGACCCUAUACUUGCCCCUACGCUGGAUCUGAGUGCACAGUCAUUGGUGAUAUUCCUUAUAUGGUGGCCCAUCUGAAAGACGAUCACAAAGUUGACAUGCACAAUGGCAGUACUUUCAACCAUCGUUAUGUCAAAUCUAAUCCACAUGAGGUUGAAAAUGCCACAUGGAUGCUUACGGUUUUCAGUUGCUUUGGACAGUAUUUCUGUUUGCAUUUCGAAGCGUUCCAGCUUGGGAUGGCUCCCGUCUACAUAGCAUUCCUGCGGUUCAUGGGUGAUGACAAUGAGGCAAAGAACUACACUUACAGUCUCGAAGUUGGAGGGAAUGGAAGGAAGAUGGUUUGGCAAGGUGUGCCUAGAAGCAUAAGGGACAGCCACCGGAAGGUUCGUGACAGUUACGAUGGUCUAAUCAUCCAACGGAACAUGGCUCUUUUUUUCUCAGGGGGAGACCGGAAGGAAUUGAAGCUUAGGGUGACUGGUAGAAUCUGGAAAGAACAGUGAUAGGGAUUUGCUUUUGCAACUUCUCUCCCUUGUAUUCUCUCUCUUAGAGCAGGUUGAUUAGGAUAUUUCAGCUGUAGAUGGAGUAUUUUAGUCAUGUAUUUUUUGGAUUUUUGGAGGCAAAUGCUCUUUUUGCUUUCCAUGCAUCAAAUACAUGAAUGGGAAGAUCUGUCAUCUCUAUACGAUUAUGCUUUUCUACA